AUGCAACCCGCGGUUGGCACACGCGCUGCGUCUACAUUCGCCAGACUCACCCUCUGUGGGAAUAUCGCUGAGCCUGAAUUCAAGGUCGCGAAGACGGGCAGCGAAUACGCAAGACUCUCAGUGGCUACUACUGUCUCCUUGCCUCCAACCGAGGAUGGUCAGUCACAGGAAGAGACCAACUGGCACAACGUCUUUGUCUUUGGCGAGAAGGCCGAAGCCUUGCGCACUGCCAGAAAGGGCUCACUCGUACACAUUGAGGCUGACUACUCUCUUCAAAAGGUUCAGCAGGACGAGAACUCCCCAAUUUACAAGCUGCCAAAUCUCAAAGCUCGCCGUAUCGAUAUUCUCAAGCGUCCUCAACCAAAGGAAACCAUUGAAUCCACUGAUUAA